GCAUUUAGUCGCAAUUUGUAAUCAACACCGAAGCAUGGGCAAACUUUUGAUCUACGGCCUGGAGGCAAGUCCACCGACACGAGCCUGUCUGCUGACGCUGAAGGCGCUGGAGCUGCCCUACGAUCUGGUCCCCGUUAAUAUACCAGCCGGUGAGCAUUUGUUGCCCGAGUUCCGGCAAAAGAAUCCGCAGCACACGGUGCCGUUGCUGGAGGAUGACGAGGUUUGCAUCUGGGAUUCGCAUGCCAUCAUGGCCUACCUGGUGGGCAAAUAUGCGGCAAAUGAUGCACUGUAUCCGACGGAUAGCCGCCAGCGUGCGAUUGUCGAUCAGCGUUUGCACUUCGAUUCGGGUCUGAUGUUCACCGGCGCACUGCGUCCCAUUACGAGGAGUGUGCUCUUUCUGGGCGAAACGGCCAUUGAACAGUCCCGCAUCGAUGCGGUGGCUGAGAUCUAUGACCUGGUCGAGCUAUUUCUGGGCGAUAACGAUUUCGUGGCCGGCAACGAGCUGACCAUAGCCGACUUUAGCUUUGUCUCGUCGAUAAGUUGCCUGGCUGUCUACUUGGAGCUGGAUCCGGUCAAGUAUCCCAAGAUCUUGGCCUGGCUGGAGCGGCUCAAGGAGCUGCCCUACUACGAGGAGGCCAACGGCGUGGGCGCCGCACAGCUGGAGGCUAUGCUUAAGUCGAAGAACUUUACAAUUGUCGCUUAGUUUGGGCCUUGGCUCUCAUUAAAUGUAUGUGUGUUGACAAACAGCUAAUUACACAAAAUAAUAUUUAAAGAGCGCCCGACACUUGAGUUCUCUUCAGUUUAUGAUGAAAUAUUUGUUUGGAACAGAAACCGCUGCGUCAUGGCGUGACAGCGCUUUUGGUAGUUGAAAAAAGAGCGAGCGAUCACAGAGAGAGCGAAGUAUUUUUUGGAGUGCGACAAGCAGAAGAGCGCAAUCAGUUAACUAUCUAUUCAAUACACAUACACUUAACUUAGUUGACACUUGCAUGUGCUGUGAGAGAAAGUACCAGAGCCACAAAUACUUUCUAUUAAUUACCCAUUGGACACAUUUCGGAACAAAGAGCACGUAGCUUUAGCAAAGCAAUAUGUAAUAGCACACUCACACACACAUACACACUGCGACUUGUACGCUUGAAUUGUUAAUAAACUAACAGUAACUAGUUUUACUCUGCCAA